AUGUUGGAGUACCAAGACGAUGAGGACGAGAGCAACACCCUGCUCCUCACUGUGGAUGCCCUGAUGCGUGACUUCGCAUCCUUGGUGCAGGAGCUGAAGAUGACAGAGCUGAAGGUCAGUUCUGCUGUGGCGUUGCUUCCGCAGUUGGAGGCUUUGCCUGGUGAAGCGGCACUGGACCAGCUGGUGGACCUGCAAAGACGACACAGCGUUCUGAGGAAUAUCCUGCGUUUGGCGAUGGAAGACCUGCCCAGUAGCCCACCGCAGAUCAAGCCGCGAGUUCCAAAUGGGCAGCCAGCUGCUCAAGCUGAGCUACGAUCACUGCACUCUCCCGCUGGCACACCGAGGCGUCCUCAGACCCUGCCCCCGCUUGAGACCCGCGGCCGCUCCGGCGAAACCCCACGCCUCGGCCGUUCAGAGAGCCACCACAGUCGGGGUCGGUCCCUCAGUAGGGCCAGCAGCCAGGGCGGUCGGCCAAGCAGAGCUAGCAGCCGCGCCAGCAGCCGCGCCAGCAAUGCCAGUAACGUCAGCCGCGCAAGUCGCGUCAGUGCUGCCAGCCGCAUCAGCCGCAUCAGUCACGUCAGCCGAGCCAGCCGUGUCAGUAACCGGGCACGAAGCGUCGACGGCCGGCGCUUGCCAAAGCGAUCCAGCAGCGUCCAGUCCCUGCAGUCCAGGAUCAGAGCCUCGGUUGCAAAUAGCUCCCCCAAUUGCGUGCUAAAGAGCAAAGUAGGGUUUAGGGUUGCACCUAAGUCAAACUUCUGA